CAGCGGCCCCGCCCCUUGGCGCUGAUUGGCUCGCGGCAGCAGUGCCAGCCAAUGGCAGCGCAGCAGCGGGGAAUACCGGAUGGCCCCGCCGUCAAGCAGAGCGCCACUCUAACGGAGGGCCGCGCGCCGAGGACCCGAAGCUGGCAGGAUGUCCGAUGUGCUCGCCGCCCUGGUGCGUGCCUCUGAGAAGGCGGCCAACAUCGCUCGGGCCUGCAGGCAGGAGGCGCUGCUCUUCCAGCUGCUCAUUGAGGAGAAGAAGGAGGAGGACAAGAACAAGAAGUUCGUCACGGACUUCAAGACCCUGGCAGACGUCCUCGUCCAGGAGGCCAUAAAGCACGACAUCGGGCAGCAAUUUCCUGACCUCAAAGAGUACAUCUUCGGCGAGGAGUCCAACGAGUUCACAAACGGCCUUGGACAGAAGAUCUGCGUGAAGAUCUGCGAGACGGAGAAGGAGACGGCCAAACUCCUGUCACUUGUGCUGGAUGGCAAUGAGGAGGCGGCCAGUGCCCUCGCCAGUGCUGCCCACCAGAGUGCUGGCGAGCUGGAGCUGGACACUGGGCACACUGAGAUCCCACCAAGCAUGCUGGGAGUCUGGGUGGAUCCCAUUGACUCCACCUUCCAGUACAUCAAAGGCAUCGGGGACUCGGUGGCCCGCGGCGGUGUGCACAGCCAGGGUCUGCAGUGCGUGACUGUCCUGAUUGGUGCCUACCUGCUUCACUCGGGAAUGCCCGUCAUGGGCGUGGUCAACCAGCCGUUCGCUGCUCAGGACCCAAACACAAAGAGAUGGACUGGCCAGUACUUCUGGGGUCUCUCAUUUGAGGACGUGAAGCUGAACUCGCUGCAGACCACCCCUGACCCCUUGGUGGACAGCACCCAUCUGUCUGCAGUUCUGAGCUCGGGCGAGGCGCCAAGUGUCCGGGAGCAGCUGGGCAUGGCCUGUGGAGAGGACAUCCACUACGCCGCUGGGGCUGGCUACAAGUGUCUCUGUGUCAUCCGCGGACUGGUGGACGUCUACGUCUUUUCUGAGGACACCACCUUCAAGUGGGACUGCUGUGGUCCUCAUGCCAUCCUCUGCUCGCUGGGCGGUGGCAUGGUGGACCUGAAGGAAAGCCUUCGGCGGAGGAGAGAGGGCACCUCUGACCAGUGUGCCGAGCUGCUUUAUAAUGCCCCAGUGGCAGGUGCCCACGGUGUGGACAGAUGGGCCAAUGCGGGCGGCCUGGUGGCCUUCCGGUCUUGUGCCCACCUGGAGCGUGUCUUAUGCGUUCUGUCCAGUCUGCCUUGUUGAGUAAAGUGGGGCUCAGUGCCCGAGGGCCA